CCCCGGCAAAGAUGGCGUGGCGAGCGCUGCGGCGGGUCGGGCCGGUGCUGGCGCCGCGCUGCCCGCGCCUCCCGCUGCCGCCGCGGGAGCCCGCGGCCCGCAGGCUGGGCACCAGCUCGCUACUGCUGGCCGCCCGCAAAUUCACAGACAAGCACGAGUGGAUAUCUGUGGAAAAUGGCAUUGGAACAGUAGGAAUCAGCAAUUUUGCACAGGAAGCAUUAGGAGAUGUUGUUUACUGUAGUCUUCCAGAAGUUGGGACAAAAUUGAGUAAACAUGAUGAGUUUGGGGCUUUGGAAAGUGUGAAAGCUGCUAGUGAACUCUACUCCCCUCUCUCAGGAGAAGUGACUGAGAUUAAUGCUGCCCUUGCAGAUAAUCCAGGGCUUGUCAAUAAAUCCUGUUAUCAAGAUGGUUGGCUUAUCAAGAUGACUGUGGCAAACCCUGCUGAACUUGAUGAACUGAUGACUGAAGAUGCCUAUGAGAAAUACAUAAAAUCCAUUGAGGACUGAGCUGGAAUAAUGAAAUAAAUUCAUAUAAAAUA